UAGAGCAUUUAAGGCCAGGUAAGUUCACAGAGAUAGAGCAUUUAAGGCCAGGUAAGUUCACAGAGAUAGAGAAUUUAAGGCCAGGUAAGUUCACAGAGAUAGAGAAUUUAAGGUCAGGUAAGUUCACAGAGAUAGAGCAUUUAGGACCAGGUAAGUUCACACAGAGAUAGAACAUUUAAGGCCAGGUAAGUUCAAAGAGAAAGAGCAUUUAAUGCCAGGUAAGUUCACAGAGAUAGAGAAUUUAAGGUCAGGUAAGUUCACAGAGAUAGAGAAUUUAAGGCCAGGUAAGUUCACAGAGAUAGAGCAUUUAAGGCCAGGUAAGUUCACACUGAUAGAGCAUUUAAGGACAGGUAAGUUCACACAGAGAUGGAGCAUUUAAGGCCAGGUAAGUUCACAGAGAUAGAGCAUUUAAGGCCAGCUUAUAGAAAAAUCCAUGAUGAGGAUUUCAAGACGAUAGAUCCGGCCACCUGUUCAGCACUAGUUCUACCAGACCUGUGUUUUGUAGGAGAUUCAGCAAUGUCAGCCCACCCUCAACAGUAUUACACUCCCACCAUUAGUGUGGAGAUCAAGCCAAAGAAAGGCUUCAUGCCAGCCCCAGGAAGCCUGUUUAAAGAAGACUCAAUCAAGGGCAAAGUCUGCAAGUUCUGCAUGCAUAAGAAGUUAAAGGAGAAGGAAGGUCGGUGGAACAACAGCAGCAAUUACUGUCCUCUCGACUUGUUCUCGGGGGACAGACGGCGAAUGAUGCAUGCUUUAUUAUCACUGUACGGUAUACCACAAAACAACUUCAAAGUAUUUCAGGAUGGGAGAGAAGUGUUCAGCGAUACAGUACAGGAAGAUUUAACUGGUAUUCUACACCAAUUCUUUGGAGAUUCAGUCAACGGCUUCACAAACGGACUCCAGAAACAACAUGAGCUGCACACAUUUCUAGAUCUGAUAGUUGAUGCACUCUUGUCCACUCCCGAGGGGGCUAAACCUUCCCAAAUCUGCCACACCCAAUCAAACCAAGCCACCCCUAACAGCUGUGCUCACAGUAACGGAGGUUCAGAGGGUAAAGGUCAUGCCAGUAGUGAGGUCAAGGUCAUGAACAGAACCAAGUUAUGUUCAAACUUUUGUGCCAAGAGCAGUUAUCCAAAUAUAGACAACUCUCAAAACGAUGGUGCUGCGUCUGUGAUGUUGUCCGCCCCGGAGUCUGUACUAGGAAGAAUUCUCUGUACUCAGCAGUUGGACGACGCGGUUGACAUUGAUGGGGUAUUCCCUCUCUACCAACGAGUCAAGGACCACCUUAAAGCCCACCCUGAGGACAGGUGUAAAUUUGGAGUGUACGGCCCAUUCACCAAGGAGCUUUGGUUGGAUCCCUGUAUACAAGGUUUUGAUACAGCGGACACAGACAGCCUAGAAUAUGCUGUUUACAAGGUCAAGAGGUUCAUUGUUUCUAAAACCAUGCAAGACUGUUCAAUCAUGGUUGCCAUGCAGAGAUGUCCUUCGUGUUCACAGAGCAAGACUGCUGAUGUUCCCCCUUGUCUAACCGAUGGUCACGGUAGAAAGUUCCACUACUCCGUUAGCAUAAUCGAUCUAGAUCCCAAGCCGUUUGACAAGUUAACUAAAUACAACCAGCUGGAAAAAAAUAUUCUGCAAGCAUACACGGAAUACCUGUGAUAAAAAAAAGUACAGCUGUCAUUUCGUCACCUGCAGGUGUGUUCAGGUUAUCUUUUGAUAACCUGCACUAGUGCCCCAAGUUCAAGGCAGUGAUGUUAAGGUCAAAUUGUGAGGUCAAGGUUACAAAGUGAGGUCAAGGUGACCUAUUGCCAUGGCAUUAUUUGCUGUUAUCUGUUUCACAGUAUAUAAAUGGUAUAUAAGAUUACUUGGUUUAGUGAGCUGCCUAUUUCACAGUAAGCUAUGUGAUGAUGCUUAUAAGCUGUCUGUUUCACAGUGCACUUGUAGAAAAGUGCAACUUGCUUGCAGUUGUGAGCUGUCUCUAUAUCUAGUGCUCCAGCAGUGUUGGUGCUACUUACUUUCCUUUCACAAUUUAUAUAGUACUCUUUUCACAGAAUGAUGUGGCCAGUCACAGUAAUAUUGCCUGACCUUUAUUAAUAGUUUUAAGUUACUAAGAAAAGAUUUUACAUUUCUAUUUUAACACAGGGUAGUGUUUAACUUGUCUAGACAGUAAUAGGUUUACAGGGCUAAUUCAUAAUAAAGGAUGUGAUGUUCCUGUUUUACAGGGUAGUACGUAAAUUGUCUUGACAGUACAAGUGUUGAAACUUUAGGGGAUGAAACGCUAUUAAAACUAUUAUGCAUUCUUAAAACAGCAAAAAAUUAUCUGUGAUGUUGUCUUAAGUUUGUUUCAUGUUAGCUCGUGAACAAAGUACGCUUUUAUGAUGUAAUAGUAAUUUUUGUUAAAUACUUUUUUAUAAAGAAAUUGUUUAAAUUAUUGUUGUAGCAAAAUGUUUGUACAUGUAUUCCUAUUAUGACCUACCCUUGGUUGUUGUAUUGACUAGAAUCCCGACAGUUCAGAUUGGAUGGCGUUAGACAAUGCCACAGUUCUGUAUUUUGCAAUCGAAGGCAAAUGAUCAAGGGAGGGAAAUGAUGCCAGGGGAGGUAACUCCCAGAUCUGAAGGCACCAAGUUCACAUGAUGUUUAACUCAUUCACCCCUGAAGACACAUUUGAACCCUUCCAAUUCAAAGGUUGGAAUGGUCAUUAUGAAAUUUCAAGGGUGAAUGAGUUAACAAUACUGAUAACAUAUUAGUUAGAUACAGGAUAAUUGUUAAUAAUAAUUGAUGCCAUUUACUAAGAAAUACCAUUAAACUGGGUUUUACUCACAGGGAACUGACAUUAUCUACCCUCCCCUAUAAAUAAAUGCUAUAUUCUUACAACCAUUAAACAAAUGGGUUUUACUCACAGGGAACUGACAUUAUCUACCCUCCCCUAUAAAUCAUCAGUGAUGGGUCCUGGGGGGCUUCAGGGUAUUAGAAAGCUUGCCAAUUUACUUGCUUUAAUAAACUUUUUUUUUCUGUACACUUACUAAAGGGGAGGGGAUUCAUAUUGAGUUUCCAGCAGUGUUCUGGCCCCUUUGAAUAUCUUAGGGGCUUGACACAUAAUAAUUAUACAAAUAUAAAGGUGACAGAAAUAGCAUAACAACCAUACACUAAUAGUGUCAGGCCCCUGUGCUUAUAUUGUAUGGAUUAAUAUGUUGGAAUGUAUGAUGAAUGUAAACAAUAUUGCAUGACUUUUCUGUUGUGUUGUCUUUGCAUGUUAACUAAUAUGUCCUAUUUAAACUGUACAUAAUUUUAAGUUUUAUUGUAUUCUUUUGUGUUCACCAGUCACUUCAGUUUGUUUGAAACUUUCUCGCAACAAAUGAAAAUAAAUUGUAAAUAAUG